AUGAGGACUUUCGCACUUGCUAUCACUGCCGCUUUCUCCCUCCUUCAGGUGUCUUUCGCAGCACCUGCUGUCAAGGCUCGGGAUUGCCAGACCAUCCCUUCGACUGCCAACGCCGCGGUUCGUGAUCAAGUCUAUCGUAUCACUCAAUCCCGUAGUGUCACCGCCAAGGUCUUGCUCAGCACCUUUGAGACCGCCUGGAUUGAAUCCCAUGUCAACAACUUGCCUUGCGGCGACCAGGACUCAAUCGGUGUCUUCCAACAGCGCCCCAGUCAAGGAUGGGGAACCUACGACCAGAUCAUGAACGUCGACUACAGCACCAACAAGUACCUCGACCAAGCCAUUGUCAACGACAGGAACAACCCAGGAUACACCGCCGGUCAGCUCGCUCAAUCUGUUCAGCGCUCUGAGUUCCCCGAUCGUUACGACCAAGCUCAGAGUAUCGCCCAAAACUUGAUCAACCAAGCCCGGGCCUCCGUCGGAAACACUAACCCUGGUACCGGAAAGUGCUCUGGUGUCGCCGCAUAUGGCUCCGCUACUGUUUACACUGGGGGGCAAAAGUGUACUUAUGGAGGACACUUGUGGACCGCUAAAUGGUGGACUCAGUACGAGACUCCCAGCACCGGUGGUAGCGGUGUCUGGCAAGACGGCGGUGCUUGCUAA